AUGCUAGGCAGUAUUGAAGGAUUGACUGAGGGGUGGGCAGAUGUAGAUGGAUUUGCUGAUAUGGGGCUGGUGGUUGGUGAUAUCGAGGGUGUAGAUGAUGGGGCUGCUGUGGAGUUGAUUGACGGACUGGCAGAUGGGUUCAUCGAGGGCACUCUGCUUGGAAACACUGAUGGUGUUGUGGAGAGUGAGGGUGCUGCUGAAGGCCUCGUUGGCGGAGUCACUGACGGGCUUCCAGAUGGAAGAGGGCUUCCAGAUGGAAGAGUGCUCGCUGUUGGCAUUGAUGAUGGCAAAGAGGAACUAUUGCUUGAUGGUUGA